CCUUAGAGAGUCAGUCAGUAGGUCAGUGUCCGGGUAGGUCUAAGUGGUGAGGAGUGGGACUCUUGUCGUGCACCUGACACCACGAUGGAUGACUAUCCGAUGUAUGGGUUGCUCGUUGGGUUCUCCUAUUGGGGGACCCUGUGGCGUCUCCUCUUUCCCCUGGGGUUCUGGCACACUUUUACGUGUAGAGUAGACACCCGGGGUGGGACCUCCACUAGGCCAUAUACGAAGGAGGAAGAGGAGAAGAUGGCCGUCAUUCUGAGAGAGAGAAAGGAGAAGAAAGAGGCCAAGAAGAAGGCCCUACAGGAGGAGCAGGCGGCCAAGUUGAAGAAGAUAGAGGAAGAGAUGGCCAGAGAGAAGGAGAUAAUAAAGAAAGAAGAAGAGGACAAGCUGAAAGAGGUGGAAGAGGAAGAAGAAGAGGGACCGCCACUGGAAAGAAGGAGAGGGCAGCAUAGUGGCAGCAAGGAUGAAGAAAUGGAGAAGCGGAUUUCGGAGUGGGUCGCCAACUUAUCUCUGGGCGAAGAAGAAGAGGUAACUAUGUAUAUCCCCAAGGAUGAGCAAGAGGCCGCUGUGAAGAAAUGGGAAGCAGAAGAAGAUGUUCUGAAGCGGCAGGCGAUGGAAGAUGAGAUGAGGAUGGUGUCGAAGCUCGCAAUGAUGAGGGAGAAGAAAAGAAGAGUGGAGGCGGCGAGUGCAGCAAUGUAGGAAUUGGCGGAGGUACGGACUUUAACUACUCAGUUGACCACCCAGGUAGACCUCCAGCAAAAGGUACAGAUCAUCGCCCAGAGCGUC